AAUCUUAUUAGUGUUAUUUUCUCGAAAAUAAUUUAUACAUAGAAAAAAGAUUUUUGCAAAAUUUGAAAAAGCCGACUGCUCGUUUAAACCUCCAUCUUUAAAAUAAACUUUGUUCAUAAAAAUCAGUCAAGUAUUAUAUCUGGAAUUUUUGUUGGCGUCAAACAUAAAAGCAGGAUUAGUGAACAGCUUAAAUCAUUAAAAUAUUGCAUUUAUGUUUUUUGAAUAUUUAUCUAUUUUACUGUAUAGAGAUAACAAAGAACAAGUAUAGAAUUGAAUAAUGAAAUUAUUAAAGAAAAACAGCAUAAUAUUUUAGAAGUUUCAUAGGUUCGAAAAAACCGUUAAAAUGAGUGUAAAAAUGAGAAUAUAGGGGUCGUUAAAGUAAAUACAUUUUUUGCCUGAACAUUAUCGAUUGUACCUAAUCUCUUACAAUACUUUUAUGUUAUAGAAUAGAUGGAACAUAUUUGUUGAUUUUUCACAAUGACAAGCAUACCUGAUUUCACAGCAGAAACUGCGAAAGCUGCAUUGACUGAUAUUUUAGCAGCUUUAAAUACACCUCAAAAUAUUCAAAAACUUACAGAAGUGAAAGAGAAUUCCGGAAAUGAAAUGUUAAAAAUGAUGCAGUUUGUAUUUCCAAUUGUAACUCAAAUACAAAUGGAUGUUAUUAAGAAUUAUGGAUUUUUAGAAGGGCGAGAAGGUACUGUACAAUUUGCUCAAUUGAUUAGAACAUUAGAACGAGAAGAUCCAGAAGUAGCACAAUUACAUAGUCAAGUAAGAUCCUAUUUUCUGCCAUCAAUAACAAAUCCUUCUGUGGAAGCUUCUCUUUAAAAUAAUAUUUUAUGUAUGUAGUAAAACAGAAGUAUACAUAUACUAUAUAUCCAAUCAUCUACUUCAUAUAAAUUUUUGCAAACAGUUAAUAUUUAUAAUAUCUGUAUAUAACUAUUGAUAUCGUAUGCAUUAUGUUUUUAUUUUAUCUAAUACGAACAUACAAAAUAUUGUUAUUAAUAUUUAAUUAAAACUUAAUUUUAGAAAGACUGAGAUGAUAAUAAAUAAAUUAAGUUGACUUGCAAAAAAUAAGUUUUUAUAAAGCAUUUCAUAGAAUGUUUUAUGAAGAAAAGUGAGAGAAGUUGAAAUUAUAUAUUUAUUGAGAAAACUUAGAAAUUUUUACAUUUAUUUGUUUUAUAAUAUUAAUGAUAUAAUAAUCUACUAAAAUAUAUAAUAUAUUUUUUUCAUAAUUGUUCUUUGAAGUUUUUUGAACUUACAGUAGCUCUAAAACUAAAAAGUAAUCCAGUGUUCGCAUAAGAAAUGAAGUUGUAUUCGAAUUGUUAGAUAAAACAAGCAUAACAUAAACAAUCUUUAUAUUAAAUUCUAUGAAAAACUAUUAGUAUAUAUAUAAAUGUGAUAAUCAAGGUAAGCCUAUUCAAUUCAAAACAUUUAAUAUUGUAUGAAAAGAAUUUUAUAGUUCAUUUCUCAAAAUAAUUUUUUAAAUACUUUACGAAUACUUCAUCUUUUAACGAACUUCUGGAAAAAUAGAUAUUAAAUAUACAAAUUCUAUGGUACAAGCAAAUUUGUUUAAAACUGCACGAAACUAAAAAAUUAUUGACUUAAUAUUGAAUAGCACAAUAGUAUUAUUUAAUUAAAAGUCAGAAAUCUGUGCAACAUGCAAGUAUUUCUAACUUAUUUAAAAUAAGUCAUUUAUAAUGUAAUUCUGCAUUUAGUAUGCUUUACCAAUGUGUAACAUACAGUUUUAAAAAAUGUAUCAUCUUUGUGUAAAAUCAGAAAAAUCAUAUCAUAGUUUUUGAAAAAGAAAUGCCAAGUUCACACAAAGGUGGAAUGCCAUCUUUAAAAGUAUGAUGAAUUAAACAUAAAAAUCAUAAAACAAUCUAUGUCUAUAUACAAGUAUUAAUAAAAACAUUUUCACGUUUUAUUUCUUAUUUAAAUUAAAUAACAAUAUUGGUUCUUUAUGUACUGUAGUGACACAACUAAAUUAUUAUAAAAAAAAUAAAUAAUAUAUUUUUAAUGUAACUCAGCAAAUUCUUCUGCAAAAACUUAUGUGGUUAAGUAUUAAAAAAAACUUCCACAUUAAUAUUAAUGAUAACUUAUGUUCAUAGAACUUUCAAAGAAAAGAAUUUGAUCGUGGAACAGUAUAGCAUAACAUAUUUAUAAUUUGUUUUACAUGAAUUAAGGUACAAUAGUAAAUAUUUUAAUGCGUAAGAAAACGCAAAUUGCAUCACGUCGUGAGAUAGAAUAAAUGAAUAAAUAUAUAUUCUCAUCAUAACAAAUUUGCAAAUUUUUGUAGUUAUAAAAUUGCCUGACAAUUGCUAUACUAAUAAUCACCUGCAACUGGUUGCUGAAACGUUUUACUUUCAAUAGCAGUGAUUAGUUCUUAUUUUUGUAAGACUACUUUGCACAAAACAGAUGUAUGCCAUUAUCAUCAUACUGGAAUCAUAAACAGUAUACUUGACGUGUAUAUUUACUCAUUAAUCAAGGUGUAUAAAGCUUGAAAAUAUAAAAACUGAUGUAUAUUACCAUGAUUACAGAACAUGAUGAUAUUUUUGUUAUUUUUAACAAGUACUGUGUGAUGUAUUAGAUAUUGUAUAAAAUUAUUAGCACACGGCUGAUCAUAUUUAACAAUAAAUGCGCACACAUCUUUAACACAGGCA